AGUCAUUUUUCUAUCGAGGCCCUCCAAAACUGGUGGGGCAAAAGUACCCUCAAAACGAGCGUUUUAGGGGGGAAGGAAGUAGGCAGCUGCCGCUGAUGUUUGCGGCCAAAGGAGAUGCCCAGUAUCAUGGUUCCAGAGGAUCCCAUCGCUAGCGCCACGCAAUGCUAUGCCAGCAGUCCCCGACGAGCGAAACCCAGUCCGACCAAGAGCACGCCGCGGCUGGAACUCCCGGUGCUCGCCCAUCCGGAGCCCGCGGCCGCGCUGAGUUGCGUGCCUACCCCGGGGCUCGGCCCACCGGGCACCAUCCUGUUGGCACCAUCUAGGAACUCCGCGAACGACCUGGAUCUGCCGAUGAUCGACCAGAUUUGUCGUUCCAGCUUUCAAGUGCAGAAGGCGUUGCAGCGCUGGCAGCGCGACGCCUUGGCGGCGCAUCGCUUGCAGUGGGAGCGGCAGCUGCGGCACCGCGCGCGCUGCCGGGCGCAGGUCUGGCGGGAGAGGACCAGGGUGCAGCAGGAGCAGAGCAUGGCUUCCCCGCAGGCUGAGGAGCAAGGCGAGGUGAUCUCCGUGGUGUCGCCCAGCGAAGAGAGCCCCACAGGCGCCCGCCUUGCCGCGCCGAGCGCCAGCUCCGGAGCUGGCGAGGCGCUGCGGCCGCAGGGGUCGCCGCGGGCGACGCGGCGGGUGACGCAGCGGCCGGACGUGGCCAGGCUGGCCAAGAUCAAGAAGGCUACGCCUAAGGCGAAGCCGGAGCGCUUGCGGGGGCUGCUGAAGCGCCGCCAAGAGCGACGGGGGGAGCGGCUGAUCCUGGCGCGGCAGGCCACGCAGGCCUUAAACGUCGAGGAGCGGGAGAUGCUUCAGCAGGUGUUUGAGCUGAACUCCCACACCAAAGAGGACUUGCUUUUGGGCUUGGAGAUCCAGCGUGCUGUGGUGGAGGCUGGGCUGGCGGGCCACGAUGCCCAGGAGCGACGGCAGGUGGCCUGGGCCUGCCGACCGCCCGCCGCCUGGCAGGACGAAGGGAUCAGCUUUGAGGAGUUUGCUGGCAAGGUGAUUCCCACGUGCCGACAGACGUUGAUUCAACUGCGGCAGGAGAAGAUGCAGAAGGUCCUCGCCAGCGUGCCAAGGGAAUGGACAGGCCGCCUCCCGCGCAGCCGCCUCUACGAAGCGGCGCGCCGGGUGCUUCCGCUGGACUUCCCGGAGAUUGGCGACGAGGUGGAGGACCAGCCCCCUGCCUUGACUGAACUGGUGACCACGGAUGGUGAGAGCUUCUCUAUCUCGGUCUUUGCGUCUGAGCUCCAGAAGUUUUCGGAGGACUGGUACCGCAGCCAAGCGCAACAACGCCGUGAAAUCCAGCAGCUUUGGUCGCUCGACCAGGAGACCUUCGUUGCCAGUGGAGCUGAUCUACCUCACUUGGACAUGAUCUUCCGCCGUGUGGCGGGCUUCAAGGGCUUCCUGGCGCGCGACGAGGCGGAGGUGCUCUUCGAUGAGCUUGGGGUUGUACCGCAAUCCUUGAUGCAGAAGCGGAAGACGUUGGGCUUUCUCAACGAGCAGUCGAAGUACGACUUCCCUUCCUUCGUGAAGUUGGUGGAUAAGAUCCGCUGGCUGAUCGUGUCGCAGGAGGAUCGGCAGUUGCACUCCACCUUCAUGCGCAUGGCUUCCGAAAAUG